GCGGAGCAAACAUGGCGGCUGUUGGCACCCGCCGGUGAGGCGGUACCGGGCGGGGGCUGCUGGGUGUCAUGGGCGGUGGCGGCGGUACCGCCCCCGUGUCUCCCUGAGCGGGACGGCAAGGGGGGCCUCUGCGCCGAGCCGGGCAAUGGACGAGAGCGGCGAGCUGGGCGGUCUAGAGACCAUGGAGACGCUCACGGAGCUGGGCGACGAGCUAACCCUGGGGGACAUCGACGAAAUGCUGCAGUUUGUUAGCAAUCAAGUGGGAGAGUUUCCGGACUUGUUCUCAGAGCCACUGUGCAGCUCCUUCCCUCCUGCUGGUGGAAGUGGUGGCAGCACCAGUGGCGGAGGUGGCAGCGGUGGGACCUCAGACCCCUCGAUGCAGAGAUCCUUCAGCCAGGUUCCCUUAGCUUCCUUCUCGCCCUCCACAGCCUCCCCCCAGACUCCAGUCCUCCAGGUCAAAGUCCCCACCACCACUGUUCCCACCCCACCAAGGGCAACUCUAGUUCUUCAGCCUCGCCCCCAGCCUCAGCCCCAACCUCAAGCUCAGCUUCAGCAGCAGACAGUAAUGAUCACCCCAACAUUCAGCACUGCUCCCCAGACCAGGAUCAUCCAACAGCCUUUGAUAUACCAGAAUGCAGCUACCAGCUUUCAAGUGCUACAGCCUCAAGUCCAAAGCCUAGUGACCUCCUCCCAAGUGCAGCCAGUCACCAUCCAGCAGCAGGUGCAGACAGUGCAGGCACAGAGAGUACUGACGCAGACGGCCAAUGGCACUCUGCAGACCCUCGCCCCGGCUACAGUGCAGACGGUCGCCGCACCCCAGGUGCAGCAGGUUCCGGUCCUGGUACAGCCUCAGAUCAUCAAAACAGAUUCCCUUGUUUUGACCACACUGAAGACAGAUGGCAGCCCUGUUAUGGCUGCAGUCCAGAACCCAGCCCUCACCGCCCUUACCACCCCUAUCCAGACAACUGCCCUUCAAGUACCAACCUUGGUGGGCAGUAAUGGAACCAUUCUAACCACAAUGCCUGUGAUGAUGGGGCAAGAGAAAGUACCCAUUAAGCAGGUACCUGGAGGAGUCAAGCAGCUUGAGCCCCCCAAAGAAGGAGAAAGGCGGACCACACACAACAUUAUUGAGAAGCGGUAUCGUUCCUCCAUUAAUGACAAAAUCAUCGAGUUAAAAGACCUAGUCAUGGGGACAGAUGCAAAGAUGCACAAGUCUGGUGUUCUGCGAAAGGCCAUAGACUACAUCAAAUACUUGCAGCAGGUCAAUCACAAGCUCCGCCAAGAGAACAUGGUGCUGAAACUGGCUAAUCAGAAAAGCAAGCUUCUGAAGGGCAUCGACCUCGGCAGCCUGGUGGACAGUGAAGUGGACUUGAAGAUCGAUGACUUUAAUCAGAAUGUCCUUCUGAUGUCCCCCCCAGCUUCUGACUCAGGGUCCCAAGCUGGCUUCUCUCCCUACUCCAUUGACUCUGAACCAGGAAGCCCUCUAUUGGAUGAUGCAAAGGUCAAAGAUGAGCCGGAUUCUCCUCCUGUAGCACUGGGCAUGGUGGACCGCUCUCGAAUCCUGCUGUGUUUCCUCACCUUCCUGUGUUUGUCUUUUAACCCCCUGACGGCCUUGCUGCAAUGGGGUGGGGCCCACGACUCUGACCAGCACGCAUACUCAGGCUCUGGGCGCAGCAUACUAUCACUCGAAUCAGGUUCUGGAGGCUGGUUUAACUGGAUGAUGCCAACACUCCUCCUGUGGCUGGUAAAUGGUGUGGUGGUCCUGAGUGUCUUUGUGAAGCUGUUGGUUCAUGGGGAGCCAGUGAUCCGGCCACACUCACGCUCUUCAGUCACCUUCUGGAGGCACCGGAAGCAGGCCGACCUGGACCUCGCUAGGGGGGAUUUUGCAGCUGCUGCCGCCAACCUACAAACCUGCCUGUCGGUGCUGGGCCGGGCACUCCCCACCUCCCGGCUGGACCUGGCCUGCAGCCUCUCCUGGAACAUCAUCCGCUACAGCCUGCAGAAACUGCGCCUGGUGCGCUGGCUGCUCAAGAAAGUCUUCCAGCGCUGGCGAGCCACUGCCGCAGGCUUUGAGGAUGAAGCCAAGAUCAGCGCCCGCGAUGCAGCCCUGGCCUAUCACAGGCUGCACCAGCUGCACAUCACAGGGAAGCUUCCUGCGGGAUCCGCCUGUUCAGAAGUACACAUGGCUUUGUGCGCUGUGAACCUGGCUGAAUGUGCUGAGGAGAAAAUCCCACCCAGCACACUGGUUGAGAUCCACCUGACUGCUGCCAUGGGGCUCCAGACUCGGUGCAGAGGCAGACUGGGCUUUCUAGCGAGCUACUUCCUCAGUCGAGCCCAGAGCCUGUGUGGCCCUGAGCGCAGCUCUGUCCCAGACUCCUUGCGCUGGCUCUGCCACCCCCUGGGCCAAAAGUUUUUCAUGGAACGAAGCUGGUCAGUGAAGUUGGCUGCCAAGGAAAGUCUGUACUGUGCCCAGAGGAACCCAGCUGACCCCAUUGCCCAGGUCCACCAGGCCUUCUGCAGAAACCUGUUGGAGCAAGCUGUGGAAUCCUUGGUGAAGCCUCAGCCCAAGAAGAAGGCUGGAGACCAAGAAGAAGAGAGCUGUGAAUUCUCUAGUGCCCUGGAGUACCUGAAACUACUUAAUUCUUUUGUGGACUCUGUGGGGAUUGUGACUCCACCCUUCUCCAGCAGCUCCAUCCUCAAGUCAGCCCUCGGUCCAGAUGUCAUCUGUCGGUGGUGGACUUCAGCCAUUGCUAUGGCUGUCAGCUGGCUCCAGGGAGAUGAUGUGGCUGUGCGCACCCAUUUUACCGAAGUAGAGCGUGUCCCCAAGGCCCUGGAAGUGACUGAGAGUCCCCUGGUAAAGGCCAUCUUCUACACCUGCAGAGCCAUGCACGCCUCGCUCUCUGGGAAGGUAGAUGGCCCACAGAAUGCCUUCUGCCACUGCGAACGGGCCAGCAGCCACCUAUGGAGCAGCCUCAAUGUCAGUGGGGUCACCUGUGACCCCACCCUCAACCAGGUAGUCCAGCUGCUGACCUGUGAUCUACUACUGUCACUGCGGACAGCACUCUGGCAAAAGCAGACCGGUGCCAGCCAGGCCCUGGGGGAGACAUACCAUGCAUCUGGCACUGAGUUGACUGGCUUCCAGCGGGACUUGGGCAGCCUUCGCAGGCUGGCACACAGCUUCCGCCCAGCCUACCGAAAGCUCUUCCUGCAUGAAGCCACUGUGCGCCUGAUGGCGGGAGCCAGCCCCACACGUACCCACCAGCUGCUGGAGCACAGCCUGCGGCGGCGCACAGCCCAAAGCACCAAGCACGGAGAAGUGGAUUCCUGGCCUGGCCAGCGAGAGCGGGCCACUGCCAUCCUGUUGGCCUGCCGCCACCUGCCCCUGUCCUUCCUCUCCUCCCCGGGCCAGCGGGCCGUGCUACUGGCCGAGGCCGCUCGCACUCUGGAGAAGGUGGGAGACCGGCGCUCCUGCAACGACUGCCAGCAGAUGAUCGUCAAGCUGGGGGGUGGCACUGCCAUAGCUGCCUCCUGAGCAUCCUGAGCUGCCUCCCCCAUCUCUGUCUCUGUCUCCUUCUCCCUCAGUUUCUACCUCUUCCCGUUGUCUCAGUCUCUGUCUCCUUCCUCUGGGAGCCUCGUCUUCUGAGCUGUCUCCCGCCAAGACUGGGACUGCCUCAGGCCAGUGCAGCUCCAGGCAGAGCCGGGGAAGUUGGCUGUGGGUCCACUCUCAUGGUCCAGGGCCCAUCAGCCUGAGAAGAAAGACUGGUGGGGGGAGGCAGGAACUGGGGAGACACCCCUGAUGUGAAAGCCCACAGCCCCUGCUGCCAGCUCUCCCAAGAUUUUUGCGCGCCCCCCCCCCCCCCUUUCCUGCUACCUUGUUUUUUAAUCUAGCUUUGUCCUGGGAGACAUAGGUCUCUGGGCUCCAGAGCAGUUUGCCCUCAAACUAUACCCAGCAUGCCCCUGCCCUCUUUUUCUAUGAGUGUUUUUAUAUUAGUGUGCUUGGGUUUGCCAUGAUGCAGGGCUGAGCUGAUGUGGCAUCUUUCUUUCUCCCUGGUCUGCACCUCCUCCCCUGUGCCUGACAAAGCCAGUUCAUUGUUUUCUCUUCAUUACACAGGACAGCCAGGCAAGGGAGGGAGCCCAGCCCCAGGAGGGAGGUGGGUGGGAGGCGAGGGGCAGGCCUGGGGACGGAUGAAAUAAUGUCGGCAUUAUUUUUUAAUUUUUUAAAAAAUAAAUGGUAUCUUAUUUAAUUGUCCUGUUCCUUCCCACUCACCCACCCCCUGGGAUGUCAGCCCAAGCUGGGGGGUGGGGAGGAUGAAGUCACCCAUUGGGACUGGGGACCAGGGCCCUUCAGCAUAGGUUCUCAGUCCCUUCUCACCCCAACUCCUACCUCCACAGUCGACAUUUUUAUUCCUACUAAGCCAGGGUGGUGAGGACUGACUCGCCAACCCUCCCCAGUGACAAAAGCCCCCUUUCAGGGUGAACACAGGGUUACUGAAGGUGGGUACUAGGAAGGAGAGCCUGUCUUGAUAGGGGUCCUGGGAGGAUUGUGGACCCUCUUUACUGAUUCCCCUAACUUGGUGCCUCCUCCGAGUUCGUGUCUCCCAGGACCUGAGGACUGCUUGAGACCCCAGAAUCUCCUGGGAGGCUCAGAGGGGCUGCCCUCCCUCCCAUGAGUCAUCCCCUUGAGAAUGAGAAGGGACUCACUCCCCCGAUUCAUAAUGCAGGCCAGGUCUGGCCAGCUUGGCCCUCACCUCCUCUCUAUCUCCUGCCCCUCCUAGACCCUUGUCCCCCAUAAUUUAUGGCUUGCUCUUGGGUAAGCCCAGCCCUUAUGUAUAUACCGUGCCUUUUCUUGUUGUUUAGGGGUGGGAGGUGUGAUUUUUCACUGAAGGGGUGGGGCUGUGUGUGCCUAUAAUUUCCUUGAUGUGGAACCUCACUGUGUCUUGGACACGGUUACUCAAUAAACACAAAUUGGUACCUCUCA